ACCUUGUCAAAAGCUUUUUGGAAGUCCAAGUAUACUAUGUUAACCAGAUCACCUUUAUCCACACACUCUCAAAGAACUCCAAAAGGUCCAGUUCAAGAUGCUGGUUAUUGCCUUUAAAUCCCUAAACAGUUUGAGCUCUAAGUACCCCAAGGACUGUCUGCUCCCACAUGAACAAAACUCAUUCAGCACACAGAUGAAAAAAAUUAGAGAGAACACUGGUUGCCAGGCUGCUUGAAGGAACUUGAGACCUGCCAGGGCAUCAGCCUGUACGUGCACCGAACGCAGCAACAGACGGACAGGCCCUCAUCCUGCAGAGCUCCUGAAGAUCUCCUGCCAGAAAUAUCAGAAUCUUGGCCAAUGCCCCACUGAAUAAAUACCUUUAAUCUUCUGAGGAGGAGUUCAGAUUCAUACAGCACAGUUCUACAGUUAGAUUGCUUUGGCAGGAGCAGUGCAACCUUGCACUCACGACAGAGAGCAGAGGAAAACAAAUAACCACAGCAGCUAGUCUGGAAAGCGCCCAGCCUGCUGCUAGUGCAGGAGGUUAUAUGUGGCUGCAUCAAGACUGGAUGCCCUCUUCAAUCCUUCGCUCACCUAACAUGCCUGAAUCUGGAGCAGAGGAAGGGGAUUUCCCCAUUUACAUCCUGCCUUAUAGCUGAUUUGAGCUGUCAGACGUCUCAAAAGCUGCAGAGAUCGCAGGUGUAGCCGUAGUUCUGCAAGCCUUCUGAGGCCCUGAUGAUUCACUGGACCAGGACUACUGCUUGUCCUCACCGAGAAUGUCCGUGGUGGAAUAAGAAGGGAAGGGUAAUAACUGAGGAAUGCCUGGGCAGCAUUACCAAGAUGUUUUGUGUUUGGUUCUUUGCAUUAUUUCUACAUAUAUCAGUAAAAGGCUUGGAAGUUUGCUAUGACAGACUUGGGUGUUUUACAAAUGACCCUCCUUGGAGUGGAACACUUGAACGGCCGCUCCUAGGCUUGCCAGAGCCUCCAGCCCUUGUUAAUACCGGUUUUUGCAUAUACACUAGAGAAAACCCUGUGCAUUCCCAAGUAAUAUCUGCUAUAAAUCCAUCUACAAUUCAAGCCUCAAAUUUCAGAACAAAUCGAAGAACUUGCUUCAUUAUACAUGGCUAUUUUUUGAAUAAUAAAGAUUAUUUUUCGAUAAUAGAGAUUUGCAAGCAUAUCUUGCAAAAAGAAGAUAUAAACUGUGUGGCUGUAAAAUGGGAAUCAGAUGAAAAUGUUGGGAAUUUUGCUAUUCAAAUUCAGUCGACAUGGGCUGAGUUAAUGAAUGCACAGCAAGAACUAAAUCAACUUCUCCUUCAAUAA